AUGUGGUCAUGCUGUACUAUCUCCAUCACGAGAGCCCCCCUCUGGGAGAUCAAUCAUCUGGGUCAAUCAUCUAUGAUGAGAGCAUCCCUGUGGGUACUACAUAUAGGUUUUCAUCCUACUGAGCCUCCCUCUGGGUCAAUGUUCCUCUUCCUUGCAUGCAAGAAAUUUCGAUCAUGGAGAAAUGCCUCAUCCUUGCAUGCUGGAAAAAUGUCUUUGCAUAUUGAAACAAAAAAACUGUACUUGGUUCGACUCCGUAUGACCAACGCGGUCAUUCUUUGCGUUCUUCACAUUCUCGCGACAAUAAGAUUUUCGCAGCAUACUGCUCCACGCCACCUUCUGCGACGCUGCUGA